AUAGACGCCAUGUGCACACAUAUGAAAAAUAAAACGAACCUCCAGCACGUGCUGACGGUUAGAUGGUUAUUGAAGCGUGAGCGUGUGAUGAGAACAAAGGAUUCGCGAUGAAAAAUUCACUGCAAAGAAACAGAAAACAAGAACCGCUGCCGGUUGACGAGUGGCUAAAAAAUGAAGGGUAUUUUCGCAAAGCGGCACCCAAAGAUCCGGCUUGUCUUUUUCAAGCAGUCAGUGAGCAAAUUUACAAUACUCGGUUUUAUCAUGAUAAAGUACGAAAAGAGUGCGUUGAAUUUAUGAAGAAACAGAAACAUUUGUUUGAGGACAACAAGAAUGUAGACUCAUUUGAAAAUUAUCUAAACUACUUGUCAAACCCAAACAAGUGGGGAGGAAUGAUGGAAAUAGAAGCAAUGUCACUGCUGUACAAAAGAGACUUUGUUAUUUUCUUCGGUGGCCAUUCCACUGAACUGAAGAAGAAGAUCGUGAUAAACAAUGGCUUCAACAAGUUUAUCUACCUCUGUCACACCCCUCCUCGGCACUACGAGACAGUUUACAAGAAUCAGAUAAUGGCCACUGCGGCGUUUUGUCAGUCUAUUGUUUACAAAAUUCUCUACCAAAAUGUAUUCAAAAUGCCGGACAUUGAAACUACUGUUGAAAAAAUGCUGCAUGAUGACGCUUCGUAUGAAGACAAGGCCUCUUGUACUGAGCUGAGUAUCCCGCCGAUUCCUUACAGAGUUGCCAAAGCUCUGGACCCGAAUAUUUACCGCAACACUGAUUUCGACAUUUGGUACGAAUUGAAGAGUCAAGUGAGAACCACCGGGCUCUUGCGUUGGAACAAUUAUCGCCUGCAAGUUGGAGGAAAGUGCUUUGUUAAAAUCAGCCAAGAGGACUUGAACCGUCAACACGGUUAUAAUAAUCAUAAUAACAGUAAUAAAUAUAACAACAAUCUAAGAAUGAUGAACAGAGGAGAGCCUUUGAUCUUUUUUGGUCAUAUUCAAGAGAUGGCUCCCAAUAAAGGACCAGCUGUUGUCUUCAUUGAGGAUCUUGGGGAGAAUCGGACUGUUCCUUAUAGAGCUCUUGUUCCUUGGCAUCCAAGGAACGCUUAUUUACCAGCUAUUACUUCUCCGGUGGCUAGAAAUAAACACGAAGAUCCUGCAAACAAGUUCAAGAAUCAGCAAUUCAAUGACUAUCGUAAAACUAAAGACUCAAGAAGUCUUGCAAUGAGCCCUAGAUUUGGCGUUAAUGAUGACGAUAAUAACAAUAAUCGUAAUAACAAUCAUCAAAAAUCGUCGCCUAAUAAAAUAAAUUAUUCUGGAAAUAAUUAUGGGAAUAAAUCGCCUAAAAAUGAGUUCGGAAAAAAUUAUCCAAAUGAUUCAAAUAAAAAAAUUAAUACGCAACCUCAGACUCCGCCAAUAGUACCUGCAGAGAAUCAUAAACAAAAUUUUAAUUCUGUUCCUGAAGCGCGAGAUUUUGAGAAGAGGAACGAUGCCGAAGAUAGUAGAAAAUUUGUUGAGAAUAAGAGUUGUGACACGUGCGAGGUUCAAGAGAAAAAAGAAAUUCAAUCUAAUGGACCGAAUCCUCCGUCAAACUUUCCAGACGAAUUAAUUCUUUGCAAUGAUAUGAAUUGUAUUCAGUCAUCAAAUGAGGCGUGCUUUAACCUUCCGAAUCCAUACUGUGAUGAAAAAAAUUUCGGGGAAUCCCAUUCAUUUCUUCCAGCAGGUUUUAUAAACUACUCGAAUCAAGUUGUAAACUUCCGAGUUGCGCCAAGUCUUGAUAUUAAUGGCAAUGAUUUGCCAUACUCUGAUAUUUCUACUUUAAGAUAUUUUUUCAACUUAGGAUUGGAAUACUUCAAUAUGAACCACGUGUGGUGGCCGCAAAAUGAGAUCUCCUAUCCAGCAGCUCCGCCAAACACACCAUUAUCACCGCCUCCAUCUCCCCCGCGGUCGUUGAACAUUAUUCACUCAGAAAAUCCUCCAGUUCCUGUAGUUGACCACUGUUACGCUCCGCUUCCACCUCCAGUGAAUGAAAAUAUCCCGCAGCGUUACGAUAGUUCAGAUUAUCACAAAAAUUACUCACCAACAAAUCGCUCAAAACAACAACAGCAACAACAGCAGCGAUACACUUCUCCCGGCUUCAAUGACAAUCCUAAUGAAAAUUCAUCAUUCCAAAUGAAAAUGCCGAGUAAAAAAAAAUCUCCCACCAAUAAUAAAUUUAUAAGCAAAUCCAAAAAUGAACAAGAUGUUACUUACAAUGGUGGGAAAUUUAAAUACUCUCAAGAAUUUAAUGAGAAUAGAGAAUUUAAUUCUGGCGGCGAAUCUCCUCGUAAAAAUCAACCUGGACGUUUAAAAAAAAAUAAUCAAGGAUACCAAAAUCGUGCUAAUGGAAAAAUAAUUUUCCAACACGACCAGCAGAAGUCGUACAACCCUUCUCAGGAAGAAAAUCAUUUCAAGCGUCACGACAAGAAGAUAAUUCACGACAAUCAGAAAAAAAACCAAUCAAAAGUCCCUGAAAUGCACAAUCAAUCUCCAAGCCACUGCGCGGUGCCUCAGCAGAUGAACUUCGUCAACGGCCCGUAUUACCCCAACGAACUAGAGAACAAUGUCAAUGUCAACGUCUACGGGUCUCCUCCUCCAGGUCCUCCAGGUAACGUCUAUCCAGUUCCUUACGUUCCUCACGCCGGCGAUGUCCCAGCAGAGGUGAACAAUUUUUCUGCGCCGAUGAUGUUCACCAACCCGGGUAGUUAUCCUCCACCCUUACCACCCAUGUACCCUCCGGUUAUGUACCCACCACCGCCCUUGAUGCCGCACAUGACUCACGUGUUCAACGGGCUACCGGGUCCGAAUUCUCCAGCUGACUGGUGUGUCUCUCCCGGAGGCCAGCCGGGUUGCAUUCCGUACCCAUACCCUCCGUCACAAUCCAACGAGCCUGCAUCCUAAAUAAACAAAUUACAUUUUUAUUUUUACAGUAAGAUCUAGAUAUUUAUAUAAAAAGGAAUAGUAUAGAAUAGACAAGGCUGGACCUGUCUGUUAUUUAAUAUCUUUAUUAUA